CCUGUGUGGGCAGGCGAGGGGGUAUAAAAAGCGGGGAACGCGGCGCCGAGAGCACCAGUAAGCAAACGAGGCAGUUGGGAGUGCGGGCGGGUUUGGUACAACGGAGGCAUUGCGGUCUGUGUGGCUAAGAGCUCGCUGCUGCCAGAAGCGGCUUAUUCCGUGGGCUCACGCGGUUGGGGCUCGAAUUUGUAGAAGAGGCGACCCUCGGUGGCUUUCCCGCGCUUUUGGUGCCUCGUUCUCUCCCGCCGAGGAAAACUCAAACAGCCGGGACUGAAGCCCAGCAUAAGCCGGCAGGUGGUCAACAAACACCUUGUGCCCCCUCUGCUCCACGUUUUCUCCCUCAGCGAAGAUGAUGGCAGCGGCCGCAGCAGCCAAGCCCGCCGAGUUGAUGGGCAUCAGCUCGAGCUACCAGGCGGUCAUGCCGCACUUCGUGUGUAUCACCGAGGAGUAUCCUCAGCCCAUCCGGCCCGCCAAGCUGCCCAAGGGCAAGCUGCGCAGACCCCGGCAGUCUCGCUUCAAGACACAGCCGGUGACCUUCGACGAGAUCCAGGAGGUGGAAGAGGAAGGGGUCUCCCCCAUGGAGGAAGAGAAAGCCAAGAAGUCCUUCCUGCAGUCUCUCGAGUGCCUCCGGAGGAGCACCCAGAACCUUAGCCUGCAGCGGGACAAGCUCAGCAGCUGCAGCCGGCUGAGGAACAGUCUGGACUCCAGCGACUCCGACUCUGCCCUCUAAAGGGGAGCGGCAGCUUGGCCCGGCUUGCAGGGCGCCCCUUGCCAACCCAAGCUGGGAGAGAGAGACAGGCAAAAAACUUGAGCCGCCCUCCUGUGCGGGGCUUCGUAGUGAAGCUGGCAGAUAGCAAACCCAGGAGAACUUCGCAGAGUAUCGUUUCUUAAACCGGACGAGGAGGCUAUUUCCAAAGGGAUUCGCUGCGGGUUGCGUUUGAUCGUGUCCCCCCCCCCCCCUCCGCCCCACGACUAUUGGACGCUCUUGCUUGAUUUUGUAUCAUAGAUCCAAAUUCUAACAGACGGGAGGACAGAGAUUUGGAAGAAUGAUCUUGGACGGAUGAUGUUUCUUUGCUCCCCCUCUAAAACAAAAAAACUCCGAUAAAAAAACCGUGUGAAUGUGCUAGAUUCAAAGAACAGUUUGCAAGUGAGGUCAAGAUAUAUUUUUUAAAGAAAGUGCUUGUAUGUAUGUACAACCUUGGCUGUUUUUUUAUUUAAGAAAAAAAAUGCACAUCCCUUUUCUAACUGAUCAGAAAAAAAUGAGAUGUUUUAUGAAUGCAGUCAGCUGCUGUACUUUAUAUUUAUUUUUGCAUUUAAACUCUUGACUUCAUUAAUUUAAUAUCUUUCUAUCUGAAUGUCUGUAAUUAUUUCCACGAAAGAGAAAUAAAAAUGAUAUAUUUGCACAA